GUCUCUCUUCUCUUUUUGUUGUUGUUAUACAACAAACCUACCCAGUAAAAAGUCAUGGGGUGUAUGAGGUUCAAAAUCUUUCUUCUUGGGAUUUUGCUCUCUUUCGUUGCUCUUGGUGACUCCUUUGCUGAUGUCCACCAUGCAAUCGAGAUGGUAGGCAGCAAUAGUAAGGCAACUGGUGGUGAUAAGGUAUUCCUUGAUGAGACUGGGACAGCUACCACAUUAACCAGAAGCAAGUGGCUAAGAGGAAGGAAGAUGGGUGCAAAAGAUGAGGUGGAGAAGACACCUGAGGUGGAAGCGAAGGGCCCAAUGAACACAGGAAAGCCUAGGAACUCUUCAAAGAAGUUAUUGAGGUCAUCAAGAAUGAACGAACAUGACAAGGAUAAUAUCUCCUCGCCGGAGGCGAACCCAUCAAUAGCAGUCAGCAUGAAUUCUAAAGGGAGUUCCCAUGGGAGCCUAAAACACUCAAGUAAUCAAGAACGCUGCCCCCAAGUCUUUGUAACAUCCUCAACUCAUGGUAGCUUGGGAUUACCACCAGGGGGAGCAUUAUCAGCCUCCCAUGGAUCUCAUGAUGCAUUUCAGACAAUUGAUAUACAAAAACAUCAAGAUGCAGUGACUGAGAUGUUCAACAUGCUGAACAAAGAUUACGCAGCGAGGGCCCGUCGCAAGCCUCCAAUCAACAAUGAUAUACCACUAAAGGAUAUUGAUGUGGAACCCUAGCUAGUUGUAUGAACGGUAUUUUAGAUAGGGUGACCUCUCUUCUACUUCUUAUUAUUACCCUUACUUAGAUAAACAGGGCCUAGGUUAGAUUUGUUUUUGGCUAGUCAAUAAUAGAAACCCAGACAUAUAUAAGCUGUUCAAUAUAUAAUGCCUCUAAGCCUCCUAGUCCAGUCUUGGUUACAUUGAAACAUCUACUGAGAAUUGGGCAAUUUUGGCCAUAAGUGAGGUUGAGGUUUGUACUAAGUCUCCAACUUUAGACUUGAAAUGUUAGAUAAUUCUGAAUA